AUGACCAAGCUCUUCUCUUUAAUAGCUACCGUGCUAUUGCUGGUGAACCCGGUUUGGUGUGUGUUUGACUAUGAGAUAUUCAAUGUUGACUGGCAGUACACCGUGUUGGGACGCAUAAUACCUGAAACCACCGUUUUUCUUCAGUCUCAGUCCCAGACAGUCCAAUUUCUGACGGAAGAAGGUAUAUUUGCGAAAUUGAACUUGACCAAUGGAGAACCGUUGUGGAGAUAUCAAUCAGAGAAGCCAUACAGUUCUGCCCAUUUGACGGUAGUUGGACAGUUGACGUACACUGCAGUUAACUAUGUCGAUGGCAAGGGAUCCAGAAUUGCUUCAUGGCAGUUUGACAACUCCUUACUGCGUGAGAUUGACCUUGAUGCUAGUACGGUUGGAAUACUGAAUAUACGAAACCAGGAGCUGCUGGCAGUAACAUCCGAAGGUGACGUUCUUUUCGUGCCAAAGACUGGUGAUGUAAUUGAGCUUUCAACAGGAAUAUCAGGGGUCAAAAAUGCCCUUGUUUCACUUCUUCCAUCUGGUGAUGUUAUACUUGCUCUGGAUGUGGUCGGCUCCAAGACAACGGUUGUGGUUUUGACUAAGACGAACGGAGAGUAUCUCUUGGGUUCUAAGUUCUUUUUCCCAAAGUCAUUCGAUACCUUAAAAUCACUGGAAGAGGGAGCUUUGAUUACUACUGAGGGAGUUUACACAUUUGAUGAAGCAAAGGCUAGUUUUGGUCCUGUGACCAAAGUGAAGCAGGUUUUGAGUGUCUAUGCCUCCUCCGGUUUGGUCACAGCAUCUGGAAAGACUAUAUCUACUUCAACAGACUCGCACACACUGGAACAUGAAGUUGUGGAGUUAAAGCUGGUGAACUCACAGUUUUUAGUAGCUUUCUGCAAACAGAAGACAUAUCUGUUUGAUCUGGAUGGAGGACUGGAGCCCUUCUUGGAAUUUCCAGCCGUUGAUCUAAAGGGAUAUGACCAGAUAUCUGCCACUUUGAAUGAUUCAAACGACUUGCACGUGCUAGUCCAGUAUGAGGACUCUGUUAUUACGCUCUGGUCAAAUGGUGUAGAGUCUUGGUCAAGAGACGAGUCUUUGGCGAAAGUGGUUGAUUGGGUUAUCAUGGAUGAGGAAAUCGACAAUUCAGAGAUAACCCAUAAUCUGGAAUUUGAGGAAAGUGCUACUUUGCUUCAUGCAUACAUCUUUAGGGCAAAAAAGAACUUUGAAAAGUUCAGAAACUUCAAGUUUUCGUGGUCGAAAUCAGAUGAUUCCAUGGACCAUUACUUUGGUUUUGUGAAAACCUUGGUCGUUGCUACUGCCAAUGGAAAACUAUUUGGAUUCAGUACCACCAGCAAGAAUGACGGCGUAAAAAAGUGGGAUUGGUCCUUCGAUACUCAUCUGGGCAGCGGUAUUUCCAAGUUGAUAGUGAUUGAUGAUAACCUGCUAUUCAUCUCCACCGAAGCCAACGGUUUGUAUUUUGUUCAGGACCAUACCUCUUUUUCGAUUGACUUUGCGAUGUCCUCAGAUGAACCAGUUUUGUCUCCUUCUUUCAAGGAAAGGAUAACGUCACUGAAGACUUCAGCUGGUGAUAUCCAGCUGAUUUUGGAUGAGGCUGAUUUGCCUUUGAAUUUCGUUGAGAAGACAUCAGAUAACUCCAUUUUGGGGUCUGAACUUUCGAAGCUGAAAGAACAAUCUUCAACUUGGAAAUUCAACUUCAACGAUGACGAAAAAAUUCUUUCGAUCGUUCCGAGGCCCAAAACGAACGAGGAUAUCGCUUCAACCGGUGUAGUUCUGGGGAACAGAAAGGUGCUUUACAAGUAUCUGGAGCCAAAUCUGGUUGUGGUGACGACAUAUGAUCAGUCCCAUCAAGUGCUGUACCUUUACCUGAUCAACUCUGUCUCUGGCCAGGUCUUGUACACCACGAAGCAGACUGAACCUCUGGAUGUUGACUCAGUUCAGGUUAUCUACGAUGAAAACUUUGUGGUAUACUCGUAUUACUCUUUGGAGUAUGGCACCAAAAUUGUGGUGAUUGAUUUGUUCGAGUCAUUGACACCAGAUGUCAGAUACUCCAACGGAAAUGCAUCCUUGGAGUUUACUCCGGAGGUGAGUUCUUUGGGUUUUGUCAUAAACGGCAAGAUCAGAGCUCUGAUUCCAACAAGCACUAAAUACAGUAUCACCUCGAAGUCCAUAAUCAUAUCCCUUGAAAAUGGCCAGAUAGCGUCAGUUCCAAAGUUUGUGUUGAACAGCAGAAGAGUCACAGACAGAGAACUCACCAAGGAUGAGAAGGAGGAGUUUCAGAUGAUGCCUUACGGCCCUGUCAUUGGCAUCGCCGAUCACUUCUAUCUUUCUCAUUACAGGACACUUUUGCACUCUUUUGAGAAACCAGCAAAGGUUCUUUCUUCAGUACCUACGAAUCUGGAAUCCACGUCCAUUAUCUGCUCUGUUGAUCUGGAUAUCUUCUGUACUAGGGUUGCACCAUCCAACACAUUUGACAUGUUGUCUCCAAGUUUUGACAGGAGCUUUUUGCUUUUGACCAUUUUUGCCUUGGUAAUAGCGGUCCUGGUAGUAAAACCAAUGGUCAACGCAAAGAGGCUGAAAGCCGCAUGGGUCUUUUGA